GAUCGGUGGUUGCCAAAAAAAAAACGAAAACCAUCGUCUAUACAAUAGCCAAUAAUUAUUAUAGCGCACGGUCUUUGAUUAUUACAGCCUAUUGGCGAUGGAUAGCUUAUAGAAACUAUAUUCAAUUUCCUACCAGAAAAUACUUUUUGAUGUAAAUAUUGAAGUAAAUAAUACUCAAAACUCAAAAGUAUACUUCGUGGCUCGCCAAUAUCACAUAUUUCCAAUGGCGGCUUGAACUUUUUUUUUCUUGACUCACAUUUAAUAUUUUUACACCAACCACCCUAAACAUUUUUCACUGCUCUCCAAAAGGUAAAAAGUCUCAUGUAAAAUAUUUUGAAGUAAAAAUGAGUGAAAAGCAACAAAACAUCAUGUCAAAAAACAAUAGUUAUCGAUCCCCUUCUAGAAAGUUAUCUCUUGAUGGACCAAGCUCAAAUAUUAUUAAAAUAAACUCACCUGCAUCAUCAGGAAAAUGGAAAGUAAUAAUUGAUAAUAAUAAUUCAAAGUCCACUAAAUCUUCAAAAAGAAAACUACAUUUUGAUUCAAAGUCCCAGAAAACAAUUGGGAACCGUAAUAGUAAAGGUCGUGUCAGUCAGUCUCCAAAACAUUUUGAAAGCAUAAACACAGAUUUGCUUAAGUCCCCUACAAGAAACUAUCGCUUAAAUGAUCAUAAUAUUGAUGAUGUUGUUACUACUCAAGUUGAUUUUAAUAACACGUCACCCAUGUCUUGUAGUCUUUAUACUAAUGAGGUCUUAGCUAUCGAUGGUUUAAGAAACACUUAAAUAAAUUUGACUCGUUCCAUUACAAACAUUAAAUAUGAUAUGAAAAAUGAUAUGAUAAAAAUUGAGAGGAUUGAAAAUAUGUUGAGUGAUAUUCAUACAAAUCAAAACAAAUCUUUUUCAAAAGAAGUUAAUCAUCUAGUCAAUGAUA